AUGUCGUUGGAAAAGAAACCACACACCAUUCUUGUUGAAGGAAACACAUUUUUGGAAUAUUUAAAGCGAUUCAAAAAUGUUGAAGUCAUGCCGGAACCAAUUGACUCGUUUCGAAAUCUCAACGGAUCAAACCUGUUGGAUUUAGUUUACAAAGACAUAAAGAAAUGGGCUUUUCCAUUUCAAACAUAUAUACAUCUGCUCGAACUUCAAAAUCACCUGAAAACAACGGGAAAAUCAAUCAAGGUAAUGGAGCGAUCGCUAUUCGGCGCACAGCAUAUUUUCGUCGAAGCAUUGCUACAAAAUAAUAAACUCGAGAAAGAGGAGUAUGACAUUCUUCAAAAAUGGUUUGAUUUCACGAUCACACGUUUCGAUAUUAAACCGAAUCUAAUUGUUUACUUGAGAGCCACACCAAACGAGGUAUUCGGUCGGAUGAAAAAGAGAGGACGACCAGAGGAAAACAACGUUGACAUUGCUUACAUUGAACAAAUCCAUGAGUUGUAUGAAAAAUGGCUUAUGAAAGAAUGCGGUGAUGUGCCCGUUUUGGUUUUGAAUGCGAACUUAAGUGCGUACGACGUUCAACAAGAAUACGAAAAACGCACAUCGGCUCCGAAAAUGAUCCUAUAA